CGCGCAUUUUAUGCACCAUGGGCGGCACAAGAUAGCUACAGGUAGGAAGAGUGUUCUGCUCUGGUUACAUCCUCAAUCAGGUGCUAUCCCUUAUUUCAUCUCCUGUCAUUGUAAUAGAAAAUGUCUUCCUACUUCUCGCUCCCAUCUUUUGCACGGGCGAAGAAGAACAAAGAGCAGCUUGAGAAGACCAACCCGCAGAAGCCAGUGUUGGAUGAUGAGGAUGAGAAGUUCCUGAACAAACAGAUCUCGUCAAGCGAAGCGCCGUCAGCGGCAAAGGACGAGCCUCCGACGAAGAUCACCGAGGACGGCGAGGAAAAGCCUGCAUCCGAGGAGGAAGUUGAGAAGGCUGGCGCAAGUGCGGAUCAGGUCAUAGUACCCGAAACACAACCAGAUAUCAAGGAUGGCGCGCAAGACGUUAAGCCAGACAGCAAAGCGGACAAGGCUGCAGAGAAGGAUGUAGCAGACCCACCAGAACAGGUGCCUGAAGAAAGCUCGGCUCCUGCAGCGAAAGCGACCAAGUCUAAGAAGGAUAAGGGUUUUGAGCUACCAAGCCAGGAAGAAGCAGAAGCUGCGACUCGAGGCUUCAACGUCGGCGGCUCAGACAAGGGAGAGAAGGAAGACAGGGGGAACAAGGCACAGAGCGAAGAUGGAGACAAGAGGACGUGGGCUUCGUAUCUCCCAACUCUCCACGGCGGGAAGAAAGACGCAGCUGGCGAGCAGAAGCCUGACGAACAGUCUAAAGAGGCUGGCAAAGAGCCGGAAGAGCCAAAAGAGGCUGGCAAAGAGCAGAAGGACGGUCAAGUGGGCGAGCACGCUCAGGGCCGUACGUGGGCGGAGUAUGCGUCAGCGACUUAUUCCGCCUUACCCUCCAUACCAUCUGUGCCGGCGUCUUGGAAGUCCAAGGAUAAAGACAGCAAACCCGAGCCCGUAUACAACGAAGACGGCACAAUCAACGAGGAGAAGACGCGAGAGAAGGAGGAGCGUGAAGUCUCCGUCUUGCUUGACAACCUUAACAUGAGCAGCAUUAACAACCGUGUCUUCGCUUUCUCUGGAGAGACGCAAAAGAUUUACGAACGCUUCGCUCUGGUCCUGAAAGACACGAUCAACGGCGGUCCGACAGCAUACGAGGAUAUGGAAAAGCUCAUGCGUGACGCAGGGCCUGAGCUGGAAAAGCAGUUCCAGUCCAUGCCUCCUUUCGUGCAGACUCUUGUCAAAUCGCUACCAACCAAGCUUGGUACCACGCUCGGACCAGAACUCCUGGCAGCCGCUAGCGAGAAGCCAGGGGCCGAUAUGCAAGCGCGCAUGAAGGCAGCCAGUAAGCAGUCUGGCGGUGACCCAAGCCUCAAGACCGCCGAGUCCAAGCUCGACAAGACCGAGAAGGGCGGCGAGGAGGGCCAGAAGAAGAAGCGUACGAUUCCGGGACUGAAGGGCUUGGUAAGUCAACAAGGAGCGGUAGCCAGCAUCCUCCGCAACGUCGUUACCUUCCUGCAAACGCGCUUUCCGUUCCUCGCAUCGACUACUAAUGUGGUCAUGUCGCUGGGUGUAUUCAUCCUCAUGUUCGUUUUCUGGUACUGCCAUAAGCGCGGCAAGGAGGCUAGGCUUGCGAAGGAAGCUGCAAAAAAAGAUGGAGGGAAGGUCGAAGAAGUUGAAGGCGAUGACGAUGACAUUGAGGUGGACGUCACGGAUGAAGAAGGCGAGGAUGAGGAUGUUGCAGAGGAGGAAGCCGCGACCGGCGAGGCUGAACCCAUUGCGGAACAAACGGACAGUGGGGAAGCGGUCGGUGAGAAGACGGAGAAGGCUAAGGAAGAGGUACUGGCGGAUCACGAGAUGGAGGAUAAGCCCGCCGAACGCGACACUACCAAGGCGAAGCAGACGCAAUGAGGGACGGGCGGAAGCCGAACACGAUGACGCUCAGACUGUCUUCUUGAACGAGACUCAGGCGGGAGGUUACGAUGCUCUUAUACUUCUUACGGUAAUUAACGAGGUCAUGUCCUUAGAUACCCUUGUACACGCUGUCGGUCUUAUCUGACUGCUUGUCCUUAAAGACCUACGUCACUGAUUCGUGUCACCCAACGGUCC